GCUGCCGGAGAGUCUCAGCUUCCCCCUUCCUAUCCGCUCUGCGGCGGUAGCUCAGGCUCUUCGGGGAGGGGGAGACAGAGAAGGAGAGGGACUGACUUAAUAAAGUUUCCUGAAACAACAACUACUACCAAAAAAGGCCCAAGGUGGGGGGAAACCCCGUUCUUCCCCGCCCCUCUCCAACAGCCUGAGGGACCGUUGCAGGUGGAGCGGCGCUAGGGGUAGCCGGCUCCGGCGGCAGCCGUUGCCCCGGCGAGGGGCGCCUCAGGUCUUGACCGCUCCGGUUCCGGCUCCUUCGGUGGCGGCGGCGGCUGCGGGGCGGUUCCUCCUGUCAACUGCCUGCGCCCGCGCGCCGCCCGCCCAGCUCCCCAGCGCGGAGGGACGCCGUGAGCCGCCGCCGCCGUCGCCGUCGCCUCCGGCCGCGGAGGGCCGAGGUGAGCUGCGGCGCUUCCGCGUCAGCGCCGCCCGGGACUCUUUGGGAGCGCGUCGGCCCGAACCCGCUGCACUUCGCGUGGUCGCCGAGGCUGCGCCAGGUGGGGCCCGAAGCCGCCUCCCACGCCAGGCUGUCCCCGCGGCCGCCCGGCCUGCCUGCCUGCCUCCCGCCUGCCCGCCCUAGGAGUUAACCGAGCCGCGAUGAAGAGCUUCUUACAGUGAGAGGAAAGUAGGUCGCGCCCGCUGAAAAUGCCUUUAAGGGACAAAUACUGUCAGACUGACCACCAUCAUCACGGAUGCUGUGAACCAGUUUAUAUCCUGGAACCUGGAGAUGCUCCUUUGUUACAGCAACCACUACAGACAUCCAAAUCUGGUAUUCAACAAAUAAUUGAGUGCUUUCGAUCAGGAACUAAACAACUUAAGCAUAUUUUAUUAAAAGACGUGGACACUAUUUUUGAAUGUAAAUUAUGCCGCAGUCUCUUCAGAGGGUUACCGAAUUUAAUUACCCAUAAAAAAUUCUACUGCCCACCAAGUCUCCAAAUGGAUGACAACCUUCCUGAUGUAAACGAUAAACAAAGCCAAGCCAUAAACGAUCUCCUAGAAGCCAUAUAUCCAAGUGUGGACAAACGAGAAUAUAUUAUUAAGCUAGAACCCAUAGAAACUAAUCAAAAUGCAGUGUUUCAAUACAUUUCAAGAACUGAUAAUCCUACUGAAGUCACAGAGUCAAGCAAUCCUCCUGAACAAACCGAAGUUCAAAUACAGGAAACUAGCACUGAACAGUCUAAGACAGUACCAGUCACAGAUACAGAGGUGGAAACUGUAGAGCCCCCGCCUGUUGAGAUUGUUGCAGAUGAAGUGGCACCUACAUCUGAUGAACAACCUCAGGAAUCACAGGCUGACUUGGAAACUUCUGACAAUUCUGAUUUUGGUCACCAGUUGAUAUGUUGUCUUUGUAGAAAAGAAUUCAAUUCCAGACGAGGUGUUCGUCGUCACAUUCGAAAAGUACACAAGAAAAAGAUGGAAGAACUAAAAAAGUACAUUGAAACACGAAAGAAUCCAAACCAAUCCUCUAAAGGACGCAGUAAGAAUGUUCUAGUUCCAUUAAGUAGGAGUUGUCCAGUAUGUUGUAAAUCAUUUGCUACAAAAGCGAAUGUAAGGAGGCAUUUUGAUGAAGUUCAUAGAGGACUAAGGAGGGAUUCAAUUACUCCUGAUAUAGCAACAAAGCCUGGGCAACCUUUGUUCCUGGAUUCUGUUUCUCCUAAAAAAUCUUUUAAGACUCGAAAACAAAAGUCGUCUUCAAAGGCUGAAUACAAUUUAACUGCAUGCAAAUGCCUCCUUUGCAAGAGGAAAUAUAGUUCACAAAUAAUGCUUAAAAGACAUAUGCAAAUUGUCCACAAGAUAACUCUUUCUGGAACAAACUCUAAAAGAGAGAAAGGCCCUAAUAAUACUGCCAGCAGUUCAGAAAUAAAAGUUAAAGUUGAACCAGCAGAUUCUGUAGAAUCUUCACCCCCUUCCAUUACCCAUUCUCCACAGAAUGAAUUAAAGGGAACAAAUCAUUCAAAUGAAAAAAAGAACACACCGGCAGCACAGAAAAAUAAAGUUAAACAAGACUCUGAAAGCCCUAAAUCAACUAGUCCGUCUGCUGCAGGUGGCCAGCAAAAAACCAGGAAACCAAAACUUUCAGCUGGCUUUGACUUUAAGCAACUUUACUGUAAACUUUGUAAACGUCAGUUUACUUCCAAACAGAACUUGACUAAACACAUUGAGUUGCACACAGAUGGGAAUAACAUUUAUGUUAAAUUCUACAAGUGUCCUCUUUGCACUUAUGAAACUCGUCGGAAACGUGAUGUGAUACGACAUAUAACUGUGGUUCAUAAAAAGUCAUCCCGCUAUCUUGGGAAAAUUACAGCCAGUUUAGAGAUCAGAGCUAUAAAAAAGCCCAUUGAUUUUGUUCUAAAUAAAGUGGCAAAAAGGGGCCCUUCAAAGGAUGAAGCAAAACAUAGUGAUUCAAAACAUGAUGGCACUUCUAACUCUCCUAGUAAAAAGUAUGAAGUAGCUGACGUUGGUAUUGAAGUAAAAGUCACAAAAAACUUUUCUCUUCACAGAUGCAAUAAAUGUGGAAAGGCAUUUGCCAAAAAGACUUAUCUUGAACAUCAUAAGAAAACUCAUAAGGCAAAUGCUUCCAAUUCACCUGAAGGAAACAAAACCAAAGGCCGAAGUACAAGAUCUAAGGCUCUUGUCUGCCUCGGGAAGCCGUCGCCCCGCAGCGCCGCCGCCCUGCGCUCGGCCGCCCCGGGGAGCCGCUGCCCGCCCGCGGGCGCCGUCACCACGCGCCAGGCCGCCGCCAGCUGCCGCGCCAAGCUCCGCGGCGGCGCCGCCCGGGAGCGCCAGCACGCCACCCGCGGCCUCGGGAAGCCUGCGGCCCCGUGAGCGCCGCCGCCCGGCCGCGGCGGGACGACGCCAGCGCCCCGCACAGCCCCGAGUACCUCAGGCGCCUCGCCGCGUCCCGCCCUCCUCCACGCCGCCCUCCCCGAGCCCGCGGAGUCCGCGCCGUCGUCCGCGGACUGCCGGUGUGCGCAGCUCUUCGCGGCCCUCCCCUCAGCGCCUUGAUUUCACUGAGUCUGGUCCGCCCCAGAGCUCUUUCCCACGCAGCCCCUCAGGAGGACCGUGUGCCUUAGGGCCGGCGGGUGGGGAGGGUGGCCUCCUUGCUGGUCGUUGCUACUCGCAGAGCAUUGCUUUCCUCAGCCCGCCUGCCAAAAUCCCGGCUUGUUUGAGAAUCUUGCCACUCAAACAAGGAGGACAAAACCAUCCCCCUUCCCUCCGCCUUGUAAUUUACCGACUUCCUAGUCAGUUUCUUUCAUAUUCUUCACCUCAAACCCGACCAUCAACACGCUAUUUACUCCACGCGCUAAUUCUGCUGCGAUCUGCCAGAAGAUUGUUUUCAUAACUGUACAAAUCCCCAGUGACUAUGGGGUGAUUGACACAACCUGGAGUUGUGUAAUGCACAACUGUGGUUGAGCUUGAACCCCAACAUCCAGUUCCCUCCUUGUAUCUUCGUCUCCAGUGACCACUUCUUACCUUCACAGUCAGUCCUUGCUCCCACGGUUCCAGACUGCCGUCCCAGGGGAUCCACCGCUGGGUUUGCACUGAGGACAUGCUUUUCCCAGUCGGCGACUGAGCACUGCUGGUGUUAGUGAUGACCCGUUUCUGUGCGACACUGGACUCCUCUAAUGAGCACCUUUGUUGUGGGGACUCCUCAGCAGCCUGGCAGAAACUUUCUUAGAAACGUGCUGCAUGCGGUCUAAGGCUCUUCUUGCCCAAUCCCCUUCUCCUUUCAUAGGUGUCAGACUUGCAUUAUAGUUUGAAGGCCUCCCCCUCGCUGCUCCUGAUUCCUUCCCUUAUCCUCCACAGAUGUUCCCUCAAUAAAACUCUUGCAAGUUGAACCCGGCCUUGGUGUCUGCUUCUAGGAGGACCUGAGCUAGUACAUUAUCAGACAUUCCACUCUGAUCACCAUCUUCCUAUCCUUCUGGAUCCUUUGUUCACUGACAACUAAUUCACUAAACUCAUUUUCCCCCUCUAUUUAUUAGCCUCUGUCCUGGAUUCACUUCCUUCCUUGUCUAGCCUAGAUCCCACAGUCCAUCGUUGUAAUCACUCUCCUUGAAAUACAUUGCUCUCAGCUGUCUUAAACCUCAAUUUCUUCUAAUUUACUUUCCUGACAAAAUCCCAACUCUGGAUGAACCUUACCAUCUGCCUUCCAUGGGCCUGACUGGGACAAUUGAACUUUAAAAAAAAAAAAAUCACACAAUACAGCAACUAGUUUUCCUUUCAAUCCAUUAUUUCAAACCUCAAGUUGGUGCUGUUGUUCCUACUAUAGUCUGAGCUUCCUACUUCUGAAACAACUGUUUAUAUCCUUUCAUCUCUCUCAAAAUUCUCUGAUUCCCCUCCUCCCUGUUUACUUCAGAUUUCCCUUGGAAAAUAGAAGAUAGUACAUACACACUUCCUUGUCUUCCCACCACAAGACCCCCCAACCCAGCAACCUUGGUAACCAUCCUCUUCCUUUUUGUGACAAUGGAGGAAGUUUCAAAGGCCAGCCUCUCCUCUUGUGCUCUGGAUCCCACCCUUUCUUGCCUUUUCAAGGACUUUCUCCUUAGGUUUUCCCCUUUCUUCUAUUGCACCACCAUCAAGCUCUGUCUUGAGUGGAUCAUUCUCAUCAGCUCACAAACAUGCUCCAGCGUUCCCUGUCUUAACCAAACCUUCCAUUGUGCACAUCUUUUCCAUCUGUUAGCCAUUUCUCAACUCUGCUUCACAACCAAACUUCUUUAUGCAGUUAUCCUUAUAUGUUGCCUCCAUUUUCUAAUCUUCUAUUCACUUUUCAAUCCACAAUGUGAUUUGUCCACCACCACCACUGAAAGUGCCCUUCUUAAGGUCACCAGUCACUUCCAUAUUACUCUAUCCAACAGGAUACUUUUCUGUCCUCACCUUGACCACUCUCUGCUUCUUUAAAUGUUCUCUUCAUAUCCAAGACACUAUUCCUUCUUGGCUUUCCUCUUGCUUCAUGGAUCACUCCUCAGUGGUGUUCUCCAUCUCCUUCUGCUUGACUUUAAAAAGUUGAGGUUUCUCACCUCCAUUUGGGUCCCUCUUUUCUUUCUAUGUUCUUUCCCAGAACCAUCUUACAAUUUCCAUGGAUUUAAGUACCAUCUUUAUGCUAAUAAGUUUCAAGUUGACCUUUCCUCUAAGUUCUAGACUCACAUAUCUAAUUGCUUGCUUAAUAUAUUCCUUUGGAUGACUCAGAUCUUUCAACUUUUAUCCAAAAUCUAAUUUUUCAUUCUUACCCCAAACCUGUGUGCCCCAUCUUUCCUGUUACAGUAAAUAGCACCACCAUCCAACCAAUUGCUCAAGUCAGAAACCCAGGAGUCAUUCUUGAUUCUUUUUGUGACCUCUCCCCUACAUCAAAUAGACCAGUAUAAUCUAUCAGUUUUUUAUUUUUUUUGAGGAAGAUUGGCCCUGAGCUAACAUCUGUGCCCAUCUUCCUCCAUUUUAUAUGUGGGACAUCUGCCUAAGUCUGCGCCUGGGAUCUGAACCAGCGAACCCUGGGCUGCUGAAGCAGAGUGCACGAACUUAACCCUUACACCACCGGACUGGCCCCUUAAUCUGUCAGUUUUAUCCCCAAAAUAUAUCUUUAAUCCAUCUGCUUCUUUCCAUUUUCAAUGCAAUCACUUAAUCUUUUUUAUUUUUUGAGGAAGAUUAGCCCUGAGCUAACAUCUGCUGCCAAUCCUCCU